AUGGUACCAAAUCCAGGUGAUUCAUCAACUGAGUCAACAUGUCAGUCGAAACGUGGGGGCAGACUUGACGAGAGAAUGGAUGAAGAUGACUGGGAGGAAGAAAAAAUGAAUGAGGCAAAGCAUUUGAAAUUAAUCAGUGAUGAACUAAGAGCAAAAGGAUGCCCUCUAUUCGGUGGCAAAUACUGCGAUAGAUUGCCCAAAGAUAUUAGGGAGAAAGCAGGUGCAUUAGAAGCGCGACUCGAUAGUCUCAUUAGUGGAUCAGUUGCUAGCCCGUUCAAGAGUGAUACUCGUGAUGAACUGCGCUUGUUGAUUGCUCAGGGUUUAACAACGGCCGCUUUCAAAGACAAAAUGAAAAAAUACGACUUCUCCUUGAAAUGUAACGCAGUUUGGUCAGCUGAUGCUAUUGCAUAUCGAUGCAACACAUGUGCAUUCAGUCCAUGCAUGUCUUUAUGUAGUAGUUGCUUCAAGAAUUCAAAUCAUGAUGGGCAUGAUUUCAAUCGUUUCUUUUCACAAGCUGGUGGAGCCUGUGAUUGCGGAGAUGUGGACGUCUUAAACGAAUCUGGGUUCUGCUUUCGACAUGGACCAAAUGCACGCCGUCCACCUGUUCCCUCUCCUGAUAUUGUUUCACUGGGAGAAUUUAUUAUCCCGAAACUCUUUGUUCGAUUAUUUCUGUGUUUUCGAGGUUGGACGAGGCAGUAUAACGCUUGUAAAGAUGGUUCUAGCAGAGAAAGUUUCAGUAAUCACCUUGUUAAUCGAGCACAUAUUUUGAUCGAACUAAUUCAGGAGCUGGUUGAUUGUGGCGGUCCUAUUCGCGACGUCAUCAUCGGAAACUUGCUAGAUCGUCAAUUAUAUCAUGAUUUGAACAAGCGCAGUUCUGAUGAUGAUAUGAGAGAUCAUGAUCGGAGCCCCGAUUUUUCCUUAGAUUGGCGGACACGUGACCUGUUUCUGGAAGAUCUGCAGUCCUUGAAGCCGAUUGUCGAUUCAGAUCAGACUAAUGCCUGUUAUGAUCCGGAAUGUUUAUUAGACGAGUUGAUAUUUUGGAUGGUUCGACUCAUUUUUCCACAAAUAAUAAUCAAUCUAUGUCUGAGUUUGCUAUCGGAUGUACAAUACAGGGAUGUUUUUGCGAAACGAUUUUUCUCGUUAUAUCUUUGUAUUGCUGAUAUUUUAGUUGAUUUUUCCAAAAGUGAAGGCGAUAGUGCUAUAUAUGCCAUUGGUAGCCGUAUUAUACAUAUUUCUGUACAGAUUCUUUCGAGUGAAGCUCAAUGUCUGAAAUUGGAUGAUGAAAUUAACCUCAAAGAUAAAAUAAUUUUAAGUGCUUACGGUGUUUUGAAGACGGGUGUUCAAAAAUCUACUGUAACGCAAGCACUUGAAUAUUUCUAUGAAAAUACGCCACCUCCAACAAACGACGAUAAGCUCUUCAAAUGGUUUGUAUAUUCCGUGGGUGAUGCUAAUAAUCCGCUACGUAAAGCUUCUUACUGGACGCUCGUUAAUGAUUUGCAAAAUUUGUUAACACAUGGAGAAAUUGCGCGAAGAUUUUUUCGUGACAAGAAAAGCAUGGGAAAUUAUGUGGCUUUAAUAGCACCUAUGCAAGGGAUGAAUUUGAAUUAUCGAGUAAUCGCUGGUAAUCAUCUGGAAUAUGAUGCCGCUCAUCCAUAUCAGUUAGCAUUUCAUCUUGAAUGGGAAGUAUCGGCUGUGAAUAUGUUCAAUACUUUAGCUGCAUUAACCGUGGAAACUGAAUGCAUGAACACUUAUCUUCUUCACUGGAAAACCAUUUUAGAGGAAUGGUUCAAUGCUAUUGGUUUGACAAAAAACGAUGUAUGCAUUCAACCGUAUUGCGUAAGUUAUCAUAUCCCGUUACACAGGCAUUUGUCUGCUGGUAUUUUGCGUUGCAUUGAAUUACCUGCAUUCAUUUCUUGUUUGAAUAUCCUUAUUGAAGAUGAAGACUUUCUUCGAAAAGCUGUUUUUCAUCCACUGAGAAUACAUGUAUGUCGUGCGGAAGCAUCAGCUGGUAUGUGGGCAAGAAAUGGUAAUGCGGUUCGAAAUCAGGCAUUUUACUAUGCACUAACCAAUUAUAACAUUGCUUUUUUGGAUUGCGAUAUAACACUUAUCAAAUUUAUAGCGUGCUUUGUGGACACGGAAUGGUUUAUAGAAAUUGUUAGCACAGCUUUUUAUGUCGAUGACUGCUUAGUACUUUGUGGUUUCCUUUUAGAUGACAUUGUUCUUCUUCCACAGAAAAGACGAAUAGUUACACGAAAAGAAUGGGUAGAUUUUUUGAUCGAUGGUAUUCUGAGAUUUCUGCUGGAUAUUAUGGUUAUAAAAUGGAAUAUGGAUGGGAAUGUUUCGAACAGUCUAGAGAACGAAAUUGUCGCCGCGCUUGCAGUUAGCGAUCUGACACAUUCGAAAUUGAAAGCAGCAAUUCCUGAGAGAGGUAGUCGACCGUUUGUUGAUGACAAAGUAUUUGACAGUACAUUGGAAAAGCUGGCAGUAUAUUGUGAGCCUGAUCAGGGGAGUCAUAUUGAACAGGGGGUUUACAUGUUGACAGUAGAGUCAUGGCAAACUCUUUUCGAUCCUGUAUUCUGCAGGAUGCGAACAUCUACUCCGCGAGAAUACAACGAUGCAUUAAUGCGCUCUGAAAAUAUCGAACGCAAUUUACCAAAGCAUUCAACAGUUACAACAGUUACUCGUUCUGGUGAUCAUCUGUGGAUUCCUUAUCGUCUUUAUUCAUUUGAUAACAUCUGGAUAGCGCGUAGUGCGAGAUUUCUCGUAACACCGUCGUUUUUCAACCUAUUGCAUAGGAUUUUGUAUACUUAUGUUGAGCAUCAGCAAUUAAACGAAGCAAUUUUUCAAACAACUGUUUAUUUCUUAACGUUAAUGGUCAAAUUUGUUACGUCAAAACAAUUUUCAUGCUUUGCUGAGGAAAAAUCAAAAUUACCAUCGUCUGUGCAAGAAAUAUUAAGUGGUCAGAGAAAUCCUGUUUCUGCUAUUCUGUCAGUGUUCACUGAUUUUGCAGACUUUGGAGGGAGGCAAAUGCCAUCAGUUAUUACACUUCUUUUGGAAUAUUUGCGCAAAAUGAACAACGAAAAUGCUAUUAGUGCAGAACAUGACCAUUUCAUGGCUCACUGUAUUUCUAAACAACUUAGUCUAGUUCCUGUGUCGCUGGAUUUCAUUUCGGGUUAUGCUAUUGAUUAUAUCGGGCGUCUUUUCUGUUUACUCCAUCACAAUUGUGAAAAAAUACGGGACGUUUUGGAUAAAUUCAUUGCUGAACAUCAAGUGGAAAUGUUAAAAUCAGAUAAGCUCGAGAAAAAGCAUUGUGGUGAUUCUCCUUCAAAAUUGGCUCAUCGGUCAGCUGCAAAACGUCGUCAAGAGGCCUUAAUGAUAGCUCAUAAGAAGAAAAACGCUAUAUUAAUGAAGAAGUUGAUGGCAAAGGAAGGAUUGACGCAGACUCAAAUGGAUGCAAUGGAUACUACAGAGAAUUCGCCAGUAAGAUAUUACAGAUGCCCUAUUUGCAAUGAUACAACAGCAAGUACUUUGGCUGAUCCGAUCGGAUUGAUGUCUCGUAUAGUUGUUAAUUACGCUGUUGAGCACUCUUUACCUGAAGAUUGUCCAUCGUUGUCACUCAUGGAAAUAGGAGAAAAAGGUGUACAUACGAAUCGCAUGAUGUUGAAGAUUUUCAGCGCUUCACGUCGUUCUCUUCUUCAAACGCGUUUUCCGAAAUAUGCAGAUCUCAUUCAAGCUCCAACUGGUAUUGAAGUUCGCACAUGUGGUCAUUAUGCGCAUGUUGGAUGCUACAAAGCUUAUGUUCAAACACUUCUUGAAAGUCCACCACCAUCACUUGACCCAUUGGAAGCGCGAAUGGAAAUUUCAUGCCCUUUAUGCCGUGCACCAGUUCACACUUUACUUCCUUUGGCUCCAGAUACCGGUGUUGAAAGAAUACGACCUGGUGUAUCCUAUCAAGAAAAUAAUUAUGCUGAGUUAGCGAAGGAAGUGGAAAGGCUUAUAAAUACUGACAGCUCCCAUAUGCAGGGAAAUGAAGAGUCGAAAUUUUUGGCAUAUCAGCAAUUGUUUUUAAAUUUUACCUCGUUAUGUCAUAAAUGGACAAUUUACCGUGGUAAUUUCAGCGAAAGUACACCAAGGAGAGGGCAAAUUUUUGCUUUCGGACUUGCAAAAGGCAAUUUGGAACGAAAUCUUUUAUUAUCUGAGUCAAAUUUUUCUGAUCGCUAUUGCCGUGAAUUACCGGCAGAACAUAUCAUAUAUGGAGCACGUCAUCAGGGGAUCAAACGUGAUAUAAGUUUUAUAAUCUAUCAAUGGAGGCAACUAGUUUUCGGAUUUCACCAGAAACAGCCAUCAGUAGAAAAUGCUUUAGAAGAACAGUAUGCUGAACAUUUAACGCCAAAUGAUUCGGAUAUUCUGGCAUCAUCUACAGUUGAGGCGAAAGUAGCAAAAAUGCGUAUGAAUCAGGAAAUAGAACUAGAGACAGGCACUCCAAUGGUGAUGUUUGAUUUGAAAACAACGUUGAUUCGGAUCAGUAGUUACAUCAUCACGAGUGAUUCUUUGACCAAUGAAGAUAAGAAAAGUUUAUUGUCAUUUGUUUACCAGGUAAUUCUGUAUGCGGGAAUUGUUCGUACAGCGAUUGUGGCAGCCUUGCAUAUGCCGUUAUCACAGCUGGGGAGAACAGAAAGUUUGAAAUUGAGUAAUGAGGUAUUUACACUUGCUGUUAAAAAUGUUAUAAACAGACUUUUUUCUCGUCAUCUGAAAGCAGAAAAUAUCUUAUUAGAAGAUGGAGAUGAAGUGGAUUUUGAAAAAGCUUUACAUUAUACCUGUGCAGAUUUAUCUCGUCUUACUGCACAAUUAUGGCAUGAAUGUGGUAUAUAUAAAUGUGAUCAGGAUUAUUGCAUUAGUCGUGCAACGUUCAUGGAAAUUUAUAAAUUGCUGACAAAUAAUGACGAACUUUCUCUUAAAUUCUUACCUUAUGCUCAUAUUGAAAAAUGGGUCGAUGCAGUACUGCGAUGGAUUAGCUGCAAAAAUUUCAUAGAGGAUUUACAUAAGGAACCACUAGGAUGGCGUAGAUUCACGCUUCUUACAUUGCCAAAAAGUUACGAUGACUUAUUUGCUCGAUUUUUCGGAGUUCCUUGCAUAGCAUGUGGAUUAGUCCCUCGAAUGCCAUUUAUUUGUCUUCUUUGUGGUCAACUCUCAUGCUUGGAUAGUUGUUGCACAACAUCAGCCACUGAAACUAUUUCUGCAAAUGAAGUGGAACGACACGCACUAAUUUGUAGUAGCGGUGUGGGAUGUUUUCUAUCAUUGAAUACCUCACUGAUUGUGAUAGUUUGUAAUCGAAAGGCAGCACUUUGGGGUUCGGUUUAUUUGGAUGCUCAUGGAGAGGAAGACCGUAAUUUAAGACGAGGUAAACCGCUAUUUUUAUCGAAACGUCGUAUUGAAAAGUUAACUGCAGAUUGGAUGAUGCAGUCAUUUGAACAUUUAAUCGUGAAUUUUUUCAAUUUUGAUGAUCUAAUAUCUUAUCUUCGUGAUGCUCAUUACAUGCUUCAAUAG